AUGGCUGCCGUCGCCCAAUCCGCUGUGUUCUCCAGCGUCUUCGUCGGCCAGACCUCCGAGUUGGCCAAGUCCGUCGGCAAUGCCGAGGCCCGUGUCACCAUGAGGCGCACCGUGAAGAGCGCCCCCGAGAGCAACUGGUACGGUCCCGACCGCCCCAAGUUCCUGGGCCCCUUCUCCUCCCAGACCCCCGCCUACCUCACCGGCGAGUUCCCCGGUGACUACGGCUGGGACACUGCUGGUCUGUCCUCGGACCCCGAGACCUUCGCUAAGAACCGUGAGCUGGAGGUCAUCCACGCUCGCUGGGCCAUGCUCGGUGCUCUGGGCUGCCUCACCCCCGAGCUCCUCGCCGGCUCCUUCGACUUCGGCGAGCCCGUGUGGUUCAAGGCUGGCUCCCAGAUCUUCUCCGCUGGCGGCCUCGACUACCUCGGCAACCCCUCCCUGAUCCACGCCCAGUCCAUCCUCGCCAUCUGGGCUACUCAGGUGCUCCUCAUGGGUGCCGUCGAGAGCUACCGCGUGGGUGGCCUCGAGGGCUUCCAGGAGGUUGAGGACCCCAUCUACCCCGGCGGCAACUUCGAUCCCCUCGGCCUGGCCGACGACCCCGAUGCCUUCGCCGAGCUCAAGGUGAAGGAGCUCAAGAACGGCCGUCUCGCCAUGGUGUCCAUGUUCGGCUUCUUCUUCCAGGCCAUCGUCACCGGCAAGUCCCCGCUGGAGAACCUGAACGACCACUUGGCUGAGCCCUCCAUCAACAACGCCUGGGCCUAUGCCACCAGCUUCGUCCCCGGUGCUUAA